AUGAGUGAUCCCCUCAAGAUCCCACAUGAGUAUUAUCAACCAGGUGACCUUAUCAUUGGUGGUAUCUCUUCUCAGUUUUUGACAUUUUCUGACACUAUAGACUUCCAUCAACAUCCCAGUGCUGUGUUUAUUGAAGACCCCCUUGUAGUAACAAAAAACUACCAGCAUGUUCUGGCUUUCAUGUUUGCAGUGAAGGAGAUCAAUGAGAAUCCCAGGAUCUUACCAAAUGUUACAUUGGGAUUCCACAUCUAUGAUAGCUACUUCAAUGAAAAGAUGACUUAUCAGACCACCCUGAAUAUUCUGUUUAGCCUGAAUGGGAUUGUCCCCAACUAUAAAUGUGAUAGACAGAAGAAUCUGAUAGCUGCCAUUGGGGGACUUGACUCUGAAACCUCCAUUUACAUGGCCACCCUCUUAAGUAUGUACAAGAUUCCUCAGGUCUCUUCUUACUUAUUUGGUCCUUCUCUGGGUUCUAAAACCCAAUUUCCUUUCAUCUAUCGAGUGGUCCCCAAUGAAGAAAAUCAGUAUAUUGGAAUUGUGCAACUACUUCUGCAUUUCCAAUGGACAUGGGCUGGGAUUGUCACAUUGGCUGAUGAUAAAGGAGAGAAUUUUGUGCAAACCUUGAUACCAAAGCUUUCCCAGAAUGGCAUCUGUUUGGCUUUUACAGACAGAAUGCCAUCAAUGACAGAUCUCUCUGUUUUACUUGGUGGGUUCCAAAGCACAUGGGAAAGUCUCCACCUUGUUAAAGACAGCAAAGCAAAGACACUUAUUGUGUAUGCGGAAACACUUUCCAUGCUGAGUUUGAUAUUCUUGCUAUACAAUGUAGAAACUGAUGGUAUGGCAAAGACACCUCUAGGCAGAGUGUGGAUUAUGACAGCUGAAUGGGACUUUCCAGCAGUACAGUAUCAAAGGACUUGGGACAUAAAAGUCUUCCAGGGAGCUUUGUCCUUUGCAGUUCACUCCACUGAAGUGUGGGAAUUCCAUAAUUUCCUUCAGACCUUAAAACCAGACUCAUUUAGUGGAGACAAUAUCUUUAAUAUCUUCUGGGAGCAAGCUUUUGACUGUAUAUUUUUAGAUUCCUCUGUAGUAAGAGAGAGCAAUAUAACCUGCUCUGGGAAGGAAAAACUGGAGAGCCUUUCUGGACCAUUUUUUGAGAUGAGCAUGACUCCUCAAAGCUACAGUAUUUACAAUGCUGUCUAUGUCAUAGCACAUGCUUUAGAUGCAACAUUCUCAUUGAAUCCCAAGUACAGAGCAGCGACAGCACUUCCAAACCCUCAACCAUGGCAGCUUCACCCUUUCUUGCGGAGAAUCUCUUUUAACAACAGUGUUGGGGACCAAGUGUCUUUGGAUGAGAAAGGUGAAUUAGAAAGUGGAUUUGAUAUUAUAAACUGGGUUACUUUCCCAAAUAGAUCUUUCUCGAGGGUAAAAGUAGGAAAGAUGGAUCCAUGGACAGGCAGAGAUUUCACAGUUAAUGAGGAGAUCAUCACAUGGCACAGUGUGUUUAAUCAGAUGGCACCCUCUUCAGUGUGCAAUGACAAAUGCCGUCCGGGGUCUGUUAGAAAAAAGAAGGAAGGGGAGCCGUUCUGUUGCUAUGACUGUGACCCAUGUCCAGAAGGGAAGAUUUCUAAGAAAAAAGAUAUGGACAAUUGUAUAAAAUGCCCAGAUGAUAAGUAUCCAAAUGGAGACCAAGAUGGAUGCCUUCCCAAGGCUUUAAACUUUCUAGCUUAUGGUGAAGCUUUGAGCAUCAGUUUAGUGGUUAUGGCAUUUUCAUUUUCUGUGAUCUCAGCUUUGGUGCUGUGGACAUUCAUUAAAUAUCACAACACUCCAAUUGUCAAAGCCAACAAUCGUGGCCUCACCUUUACUCUGCUCAUUGCCCUCCUGCUCUGCUUCCUCUGCUCCUUGCUAUUCAUUGGUCAGCCUCAGGCAGUGACCUGCCUCCUACGGCAAACCGCUUUUGGCAUCAUCUUCUCUGUGGCUGUUUCUUCUGUGUUGGCAAAAACCAUCACUGUGGUUUUGGCAUUCAUGGCCACACUACCAGGAUCCAGGAUCAGGAACUGGGUGGGGAAAAGACUGGCAAUGUCUAUUGUUCUCUCCUGUUCCCUCAUUCAAGUUUUUAUUUGUAUUGUGUGGCUUUGUACUGCUCCUCCAUUCCCAGAUUUGGACAUGGACUCAUUGGCUGAAGAAAUUGUGGUUGAAUGUAAUGAAGGGUCUGUUGCUAUGUUUUAUUCUGUUCUUGUUUACAUGGGAUUUCUGGCUGUAGUCAGCUUUGUUGUGGCUUUCUUUGCUAGGAGCUUGCCCAGUGCUUUUAAUGAAGCCAAAUUCAUCACUUUCAGCAUGUUGGUCUUUUGCAGUGUUUGGCUGUCUUUUGUUCCAACCUAUCUGAGCACCAAAGGAAAAUACAUGGUGUCUGUGGAGAUCUUCUCCAUCUUGGCCUCUAGUGCUGGGUUACUGGGUUGCAUCUUUGCCCCCAAAUGUUAUAUAAUUUUACUGAGACCUGAGCUAAACAGCAGGGAACACUUAACAAGGAGAAAUAAGUAA